CAGCAUGCAGUUUUACUUCCUACUUCCCGGUUUGAGCAGUCGACACGUUCUCUCUGGUCAUUGGUGAUUUCUGCGAUACAAAACGCGGCAGGGGGAUUCUUCAAUGACACCAUGACGUUCACAGGGACUGUAGUGUGUCUCUUUGUGGUAAUAUUAGCAGUUUCAGGUGUGGAGCUAGAAGGAAUCGAAGAUGAGCAUGGUGUCAGAAUACCAACAAAAUGUGAAGUUUGUAAAUAUCUAGUAACGGAGCUUCAGCAAAGACUAUCAGAGACAUCAUCAAGCGAGGUGUUAAGAACAGGUCAUGGACUGGACAAAAAACCACUGAAAGAAAUCAAAUAUGAUAAGUCGGACCUGCGUCUAAUAGAAGCUUUGACAGACCCCCAUGUUUGUGAUAAGAUUUUGGAGUACAAUGUGCACAAGGAGAAGAAAGGCAGCAUGAGAUAUGCCAAAGGGAUGAGUGAGACAAUGCAGACUCUACAUGGUUUGGUGGACAAGGGUGUCAAGGUGGAGCUUGGAAUGCCGUAUGAACUUUGGGAUAAGCCAUCUGCUGAGGUCACAGCCAUGCAAAGAAAGUGCUACAAAAUGGUGGAAGAUUAUGAAGAGGAUAUUGAAGACUGGUACUACAAUAACCGGGAAAAAGACAUGAUUGAAUAUUUCUGCAGUAAUCUUGUUCUGAAAGGAAAUGAUGACAAAACAUGUCUCACAGAGAAGGAGGAGCCUGAGGAGGAUAAGAAGGGAGAGGAUGGGGAUGUAAAAGAGGAAAAGAAAAAUAAGAAAAAGAAAAAAGGUAAAAAGAAGAAGAAAAAUAAAGGGAAAAGAAAAGAUGAAACUGAAACUCAAGGCUUGGGCAAAAAGGAAAGUAAGAAAGUGAAAGAGGACACAAAAACGGAAAAGCAAAGAGAUGAGUUAUGA